AUGAGUGGAACCCCACCACCGUACCCACUCGAGCCAACCAUUGGGGGGCCUCGCAACCAGCAACAACAGUCGCCUUUAACUGGUGGCAGCAAUAACCUCAACAACAAUGCACUAGCUGCUUCGUCUGCGGGGCGACUUCGGCUUCCGCCGCCGUUGCCGCCAGUGAAGGGCACCACACCGGUGCGUCCACAGCCUGUAUUAGGGGCUUUGUCCGCACCCAAUCGGCCCCCAAUGGGGCGACUCACACCGCUGCGGAGAACAGGGGAGAGCGCAGAGGGGCCAGAUAUAGGACGGCGCUCUCCGCCACCACGACUGCCAAUUAGUGGCACGACGCCGCGUCUUGGUGAACCGCAUACAGUGCCUUCGAAUGGAAAUGGCAACGACCCUGAUGCUGGUGAUGCCAACGGCUUCCACACACCAGGCAACCCACUGACACCGCGGGCGCACCAGCCAAAAACACAACAAUCACCCCCCAAAAAACAGCUGGAUCGUGUGGGUACCCCUUCAGUGCGUUCAAACAGAACGGCACCUCCGAUGAGCAACAGUGGUGCAUUUACUCGAAGUGUGCCUUCCGGUGAGGAAACAGUGGAGGAGCUCUGUCCACUACAAACGCAGACGCGCCCGGUAGAGCGUUUCUUCGUUGAGUUCAAUCCGAAGAGCGGUAAUGUUGGUACUGUCGGCCGCGUUGAUGCAGACGACGACGAGGUACUGUUUGAUCGACUCGGGGAAUACACUGACGACGACUCUUUCUUUUCGUCUGGUUCCUCGGUGCUCGAGGAAGACCCGCGCCGACUGCAGAGAGACCCGUUGCGGGGUCGCGCCGUCCGUAGUGUGUAUGAGACGCUGAAUUUGCGUGCCCUUACAGGUGGGCGGGUACCUCAGGAAUUAGAGGAUGAGGAACGAAACAGUGCGGGUUGGAUGUAUCAAGUUCACCAACGUGCCAUUGCGCUCCACCACUCGUCUUUCUUUGUGUUCCCACCAGGGAUGACGGCGCGAGUUGUGGUGUACAACGUGAUGCACCACUGGCUUAUGGAGUUUUUGAUUAUUUUGCUUAUCCUUGGAUAUUCGAUUUUCACUGCUUCAUGGGCGCGCCACACCACACCAGAGCUGGAGAAGCCCGACUUUAUGAUCUUUGCCGACGUUUUCUACACAGUCCUGUAUGGAAUUGAAAUAGUGGUACGACUUUUUGCAUCGGGAUUUAUUCUUCACCCACGUGCAUACUUCCGCUCGCCGUGGCAUUGGCUUGAUACCGCUGUCUUUGUGUUGAUGGUGAUGAAUUGCACCGGUUGGAAGCAACUGUGGAACUUCACCGCGUUCCGUCUCAUACGGGUGAUCAAGUCGUGUACAUAUAUCCCAAUGCCGGUACGAAUGAAACUGCUCGCCAAGUCGUUGCUGCGCUCCACGAACAAACUCUUCUACGCUUCUGUUAUCCUCGUCUACGCGCUCUUCUUCUUCGCGCUGAUUGGGCUUCAGCUCUUCCGUGGUGUACUACAUUACCGUUGCGUGAACACGAUCACGGGAGAAAGUAAUGGGGAGCUGUGCCGGCCUGAGGCAUCCGGUAAGCAGUGGCUCUACAUGGGUCAUGUGUGUCCCAGCAAUUACAUUUGCACGGCAGGGGAGUUCACGAACCCCCACUAUGACUUUCGUAGUUUUGAUGAUAUUGGCCAUGCAUUCCUCUCGACAUUCCAGAUCAUGAGUUUCCAGGGUUGGACAGAACUGCUUAAAGAGACGAAUGAAACAGUUAAUGUGGCCGUGAUCCUCUACUACGCCUUUACGAUACUCUUUUGCGCGUGGUUCAUUCCAAGCCUUUAUCUUGGCGUCUUUAUCGAAAAAAUUGAAAAGACAAGCCGACUAUUUGUGCAGAAGCAGCUACAGCUGUUCGACAGCAUGCUACUGGAGCAGCGACAACGCCUGAAUGCAGCCAUCAAGCUACGCGAUUUUGUUGAACGUGACGAACAGGGGAAACUGCGCAGUAACCCACUGGAUAUGCUUCGCUAUGAUGGCUACAGCCAACCCCGGCACAGCCGUGUAGAGAGUAGUAAUGGUGCCCUCGUUCCCACCCCCUCGUCCCAUUCCAUCAGUACUGACCGAGAAGUGUGUAAUCCUGUUGUCAAAAAGCGUACCAAGUGGACGGAUGAACAGCGUGUGCAGUUACACCUUUCCCUCACACGACAACGUGAUAUUGCUGAGCAAGCAGAGCGAAAGAGACGUAUGGUUGUUAAGGGUGGACAGAAUGGCAGCACAGGUGCUGAUCGUGGUGGUGGCGACAGCAGAAGCAGCAACAACAACCGAGCCAAUCCAUCGGGUUCGAGGCUUACAACCGCGAAUGCCACAGUGGGCGGUGACUUUGCGCUUGGUGGCCGUGUGGGAAUGGUGCAGCAUCACCCGCUCACGUACACCAUAGGUGCAGCACAUGGCACCAAUUUGCCGCUAGCUGUCCGCCUUGAGAAUGAAGAGGAGCAACUUAAAUUCCUCAAACAGUAUCAAUACCCAUUGGAAGAUGAGUCCCUGAAUUCGAUUGGCGCAGGUAACGGUAAUGGGAUACGUAACGGCGUUCCAAACAAUACAGCACGACCACCGCUGGCGUCUGCCUCUCGGCACCCUGGGGGCAAUAACCGUGUAGACGAAACCAGAGGCAGUAUUUUGGCCACACGAGAGUCCGCUGGAGUGAUUCCAAGUCGUCACUCUCUGCCUCGGCCCUGCAGCGCGACGAGCCGGCCUCUCUCCGCACACAAUGAGGCAUCACCUUUAGGUGUUCAUGGUUCUGCGGCCCUACCAUCGGAGGUGCAGCAAGAGGUACUCAUCAACGAUCCCGAGGGCGGUGACUUCCGCUACGCUACAACUUGUGCUCAACGCUGGGCGAUUGUGCGUAACAUUCUGCACAUGUUUACCGAAGGCUAUCCCCGUAUUCUCACUCAAUAUCUGUGGGAGCACAAGCGGAUGCAGCACCGUUUUGGUCUUACACCACUCAAUUACGUGAAUAAGUAUGAGGAAGCUGCAUUGCGUAAACUGCGUCAGCGUCGGAUGCGACAGGGGAAAGGAUUCUUUCAGCGUAACGACGGGGGCAUUGAUGAUUACGAUGAUGAAGAUGAUGAAGAAAAUGAUGUAUACAGAGAGAUGGGUGGAAUGCCAGGUAAAGCCAGGAAGGGAACUGAUGUUGAAACUCUCUCGCCAAUUCGCAUGGCAAAGAAUAUUGUCGAGAACGCACCUAUUACCAUUUUUAACGUGGUAAUGCUAUGUCUCGUGUUUGCCAAUGGCGUAUUCAACGCGUCGCGGCACUAUGAGCAACCCGAAUACUGGGAUGAUGGUCUUUUUAUCGCAGGUGUCUGCUUCACGGCUCUUUUCAUGCUGGAACAUAUUAUCCGCAUCAUUGCGCUGGGACCAGGUCCUUUUAUUUGGAACUUCUGCAACGUUCUUUGUCUGGUCGUUACAAUUAUUGGCUUCUUCGAGCUUGGCUUUGGCCGCUCUAAUGCCAUCACGGUGCUCAAUUGGGUGCAAUUUUUGCGGCUACUCCGUGUCGCGCCAUUUGAACCAAUGCGGCGUGUGGCACGCGUGUUAGUACUCGGUUUCCAAGACAUUGUGUACGCACUGGUAUUCUUCUCUGUCUAUAUGUUCAUGUGGAUUCUUAUCGGGAUGAGUUUCUUUGGCAGUCGCACUGGUCACCUUACCCGAAACGACGAUUACUCCACUCUCGGCGACUUUGAUACUUUUUCGCACGCUACCUUUGCAGUGGCGCAAGCCUUCUCGUACACCCGCGAGGAAUGGCUCUAUAUGUCUUGGGAUGGCAUGCGGGCUCGAGGCGGGUACACAAUUUUGUACUUUAUUGCUGUUGUGGGUGUAGCGAUCAUCUUCCGCUAUUUCUUUAUCUCCGUUUUUACGUGGGCGUGGCAACGGGAGGAGGAGUUUGACGACUACGCCUUGGAUGGUGCAAAUGGUGCUGCUGCUCGUAGCCAAGGGGGGCCACGGCUGCGUUGGUUUGACUUCACUGUCUGGCGUUCCUUCAAACAUAUCCACGGCGGCUUUGAGCGACGUGAUGUGGCCCCGGACGAGGUGUACCAUUUGAACCAAGAUAUGCGGCGUCAGCUGCGCAUCGCGGAGGCAAAGGAACGCUUCUCUCGACAGUCGCUUCCACAGCGCAGCUACUCAACGGACCACCGGCAGCUUUCUUCCAACAGCAUCAACGCCGGCACAACUGGAGUACCGCUCAAUACGGCGUCCAUGAUACCACCCGUCGUGAUGGUGCCACAGUUCGUCAAUGUUGGUGGGCAACUGCAGCGACAGAUCAGCAUGCCGAGUGAGUUUGAUGAGGAGCGGCGACCACCAGUUAACGCGCCAAUAUCACAGUUUCAAGCUGAAAACGCACAGCUGCGGUUCGCCCGCCGUUACAGUGCCGUUCCUGCGACUGCAUAUAACCAAGGAGCACAGGAUGAACCUUCUGGCACGCAUUCGCCACCUUUCAUGUCUACACCUUCUGAUGUGGGGCUGCAGGAAAGUAAUGCUUUUCUUGGUGAGUUGGGUGCACGGUUAGAUGACUCUCAUCAUCAUGCAGGUGGACAACCGACGAAUGGGGUUGGGUCUCGUAGUGCAAGUGGUGCACCGCGGGACCGUCGCUCAAGUGUGACUGGUCACUUUGCUACAUUGGACUAUGAACGGCCAGCGCCAAGGAGAGGCGAACAAGGCAAGGAAAUUGGUGGCAAUCGUAUGCAUCCCAUAGAGGACGAAGACAAUAUGGGUGGUAGAGUCUACGAGCACAUUCUCGUUCCUGGGCCGCGUCUUCGCUACAAGCACGUUAUGGUGGGCCGCCGUCGCCGUGUUUUUGAGCGAUGUCUCGAUUGCAACACACACAAGCAGAUGCCAUUGCGAGCCCCGCCAAAUGUGCAGCAGCGCACAGCUGAUGAGUUGCACGCUGAGCACUGUCACAUGGCCGCCGUACGCAGCUCACGUCAGCUAGUGUUGAACGCUAUUUUGGGUUAUGUUCGCCUACAGAAGGAGUUGGCUGUGCCGCCCACACGAGAGGCUGUUGAAACAGUGCUUGGACAAGCGUGGAGCUGCGGCAUGUUACUCUUUGAGACAGUUGAGUACCUCUCUUGUGCCGAUAUUGAAGCACGCGAAUACCGCACAUGGGACCGCGCACUUGAAGCCCUACAAUUACAGCAAUGGCUGAUUGGUUUGCACGUUGGUGAGGAGCAAGUGGGACGUGCGACUCUUGCGUACAUUCUUGCUCAUCAGAAGAUACAGGAACGUGACGCAACACUUAAGUCCUUUAAGCGUUCAUGGCGUGACCGGUCUUGUUUCAUUCUUUCACCUGGCAACCCUAUACGCAGUGCUGUGACAAGUUUUGUGCAGUCUGCCUUGUUCGAGUGGAUCAUCCUUGCGGUUAUCUAUGCCGCAUCAUUAUGUUUAUGCUUCUAUGACCCCCGAGACAAGGAUCGUUCAUCCAAUAAAUACCUCGUGCUGUACGUAUUUGACAUCAUCUUUUCUAUCAUCUUUGCUAUUGAGAUGGUGUUGAAAUGGAUCAGCAUGGGUGUUGUACUUGAUGUGCAUGUGGCGUACUUCUGGCAUCGGUGGAACAUAUUCGACUGCUUCAUCACCAUUGUCUCACUUGUUGGGAUUGCCUCGAAAUUCUCGUACCUGCGUUACCUCAAAGCAAUGCGCUGCUUCCGCAUUCUUGGUCCCAUGCGACACUGCACCUUCAACAAGGAGCUUUCGAAGCUCGCGGUGACUAUGUGGGACUGUGUGCCGACAAUGGCAAACGUGCUGUUGCUGUGCCUGCUCAACUACAUUGUGUGGUCUAUUCUCGCAGUGCGGCUCUUUAUGGGCGUGACGCACAGCUGUGCCAAUGUUACGAUCGUUAAUAGAACGGAAUGUGAACUGGGCGGUGACGUCUGGCAAGGGCCACAACGCAAUUUUGACAAUUUCUACGAAAGUCUUCUGACAAUGUUCGAGGUGAGCACGGGUUCAAAGUGGCUUGACACCAUCUACAGUGGUGUGAACGGGUGGUCAACCUCAUUUGCCCCCAUCCAAGAUAGCCACCAAGCCAAAGGCCUCUUCUUUAUUGCGUACUACUACGUGUCUCAUCUCGUGCUGUUCUCGCUCUUUGUUGCAUCGAUGAUUUAUUGCUACCUGCUUGCGAAGAAUGCAGGGGAGGGUGUCAUGGGUAUUACACUUGAGCAUCAAUUGUGGAUUCGCAUGCAACGCAUGAUUCUGCGCCUUACACCACGUCUUCAACUCGUGCCUAUGGGGAAUGCCAUCUCACGUUUUCUACACCGUGUUGUGACUCAUCGCGCCUUUGAGUUGGUAAUGGCGUGUGUCCUGUUCUUUAACAUCAUCACCAUGUCGCUCUACUGGCACAAAGAUAGCCAGAAGCAGGAAGAUGUGCUGGACAUUUUUGGGUUCGUAUGGGUAGCUCUUUUCACGGUGGAGGUGAUUAUGCGGCUAUUGGCGCAUGGUUCACGGGCAUUCACGCGUUGGUCAUUCUGCCUCAAUGCUUUUGUUGUGGUUCUCUCGUACCUGCAGAUCAUCCUGAACACUACCGAUAACCACAAGGUACCAUUUGACGUCAACGUGCUCCGUCUGCUGCACUUUGGGCGCCUGCUGACACUUAUGGAGUUUUUCCUGCCAAUUCGAACUCACCUGCGCUUGCUACAUAAGGUCUUACUCCUCGCUGCGCCGGCCCUUGUAAACGUCACCUUGAUCCUGCUCAUGGCUAUAUUUGUGUUUUCCAUACUUGGAAUGCACCUUAUUGGCCCUGUGAUCCCUUCAGACAGCAGCUAUAUUGACGGCAAAUAUGACAACUUUCUCACGUUUCCAAACGCUCUCAUCAUGACGUUCCGCCUAGCAACGCUGGAGGGAUGGGUAUCUAUGCUGCGUGCGAGCGUUUCUGACGGCAAUGUGUGCUCUCAGCCAGAUUGUGGAACAACCAACUGGGCACCAGUGUUUUAUGUGCCGAUUGUUAUAUGCUUUGCCCUCAUGAUCAUCAGUCUAUAUGUGGCAGUUGUUGUUGACCACUACGUUACAGUGGUGCGCAUGAACGCAAGCGUCACACGCAUACAAGACCUGAAGAGGUUCCGCGAACUCUGGUCGGCACGUGACCCAAAUGCGACACUUGUGCUUCGGACGAAACAACUCCCUGAGUUACUCGAGGCGUUGCGUCCGCCGCUGGGGCUCACUUCGCGUCACAAUCGUGUCGAACUUCUGCGCUUGCUGCGUGAGUACGAUAUUCCCGACCACAACGGCAGGGUGCACUACCACGAGGUACUGCUACCGCUCGCCCGCCGUGUACUCGCAAUGGCGUUUAGCGAAGACGAAAUUGACGAUGGGUCAACGUUCGAGGCGGUCUGGCGACUUUCCGAGAGUUCGCUUCGCGCCCUGCCGACUGUCUUGGUACAGAAUACUCACGCGACGGCAGCGCAGCACUUUGCAGCGAGCUACUUGCAGGCCGCAUACCGCCGUGACAAGGCACGCCGUCAGCACUUAGAGGCGCGUGCAGAACUUUGGCGUGAGAGCCGCGCCGUCUGCGACGAACUUGGCCUGUCAUACAACAAAUACGGCUUCGGUAGCACCUUACUGAAGGACGAAGAUCCGCGACAGGAGGCGGCACUCCGCGGCAUCUCAAUAGAGGGCCAAGAAGUUGGGAAGAAAGCGACGGGUCGCUCCACGCCGUCCAAGACUCCGAGCGAAAACGACAGCUACAGUCCGGCCGCUGCUGCACGCUUGCCAGGUGUGUACCAGCCUGCGAUUGACGAGAAGGAGAAGCGCUUCGGUCCCGAUGUACCCAACGCGAUGCGCCGCCAUGAGACGCGAUCCGACAAGCUGCGGCGCAAAGAGGAAGAGCGGCAGCAGCAGUCGAUGGACAGUCCCAUGUCGAUGCCGCCAGGCCACCGGUCGUCUUCGCAGCGGCUCCACAGUAGCGACUACCAGCCGCCGCUCGGCACCGACCCCAGCAGCUGGCUGGACAGUGAGAUGAGCCGACGCGUGAGUGCGCCUGGCACGGGCCCGCUGUCCUCCCAGCAGGCGGCACCGCCGCCGUCGUGA